GUGGAGAUUGAGAAACAGGGCUGUGGCAUGAAGUAUGCAGGAUAAGGCUGAGAGAAGAAGUCUCUGUAUUCUUAAAGACUUUCCUUCAGCUGGCUUCAAUUGAUGGUCCCUGGACUUGGAGGACCCCAACAAGCAAAGCAAUUGCCGAUGGCGGGUGGGUGCCUUGUGGAAGCGAAUGGUUUCCCCGCAAAAGCUCUUGAGCCGUGGCCCGGAAGCGGUUCAAAUGGGCCGGUCGGGUCACUUUACCCCAACGCCAUCCUUGCCCCCGCGAGCCCCGGCUGCCCCCCCCCGCCAGGGCCAGCUUUCAACCGCGAACCAGGCCAUCUGCGAUGGACAACAACCGCAGACGCCGAAAGAUGCCGAGGCAAAGUGACCCCACGCCACCAAUUCCGUCAGCAGCAACAUUGCCCUUGAUUGUUGAUAUAAUAAAUAAUAUGCACGACAUUCCUGUCCCCGAAGACCUCAAUUCCUGAUCAACCACACCGGAUUCAAGACUCUCACAAUGGCGGUAGAAAGACUCGGCUCCAUCCUCAAGCACCUUGCCCCCGGCAACGGGCUGUCCCAAAUCACCUCCAAGAAUGCCGACGACAUUGUCAUCACCCUCGCCGUCCGCACGCCUCUGGCCAAGGCCAAGAAGGGUGGCUUCAAGGACACCACCAUCGAGUACAUGGUCUACGCUCUCCUGAAGGAGGUCAACCAACGGAGCAACCUCGACCCCGCUCUCGUCGAAGAUAUCUGCCUGGGCAAUGUGCGCACCCGUGUUUCCGAUGGCAAGGCUUCGUACAAGCUGCGCGCCGCCUCCCUCGCCGCGGGCUACCCCAACACCUGCUCCGUCUACUCGCUCAACCGCUUCUGCUCCUCCGGCCUCAAGGCCGUCGCCGACAUUGCCCACGCCAUCUCCAACGGAUCCAUCGAAAUCGGUAUCGCCAUGGGAGCCGAGAGCAUGACCGCUGGCGGCGAUGCGCUCGAGAAGCCCUUUGACGAGGAGGUCACCAAGCACUCCCAGGAGGCUGUCGACUGCAUGCAGCCCAUGGGUUGGACUUCCGAGAACGUCAGCGCUGACUUUGGUGUCACUCGCGAGAUGAUGGACAAGUACGCCGCCGAGAGUUUCCAGAGAGCCGAGAGGGCGCAAAAGGCCGGUCUUUUCGAUGACGAGAUCGUCCCCAUCACCACCCAGAUCAAGGACAAGGACGGCAAUUCCAAAACGGUCACCCUAACCCAGGACGAGGGUAUCCGGCCUGGCACCACCGCCGAGGGUCUCGGCAAGAUCCGCGCUGCCUUCCCUCAAUGGGGUGGCUGCACCACUGGUGGCAAUGCCUCUCAGGUUACCGAUGGUGCUGCUGCCAUCCUGCUGAUGAAGCGCAGCACCGCCAUCAAGCUCGGUCAGCCCAUCCUGGGCAAAUACGUCGGUUCCACCACCGCCGGUCUCGCUCCCCGCAUCAUGGGUAUUGGCCCCACCGUGGCCAUCCCCAAGCUCCUCGCCCAGCACAACAUCACCCUGAACGAUGUUGAUGUCGUCGAGAUCAACGAGGCCUUUGCCAGCAUGGCUGUCUACUGCCGGGACAAGCUUGGGCUCGACUGGGCCAAGAUGAACCCCCGUGGCGGUGCCAUUGCCCUUGGCCACCCACUGGGCGCCACCGGUGCGAGACAAAUCGUCACCGGCCUCAGCGAGUGCAGAAAGACCGGCAAGAAGAUCCUGCUGACGAGCAUGUGCAUUGGCACCGGCAUGGGCAUGGCGGGCUUGUUUGUCAACGAACAAUAAUGAAUCUGUAAUGUAUCUUAUGUACCUCCUGUAUAUAGCAAGCGAUAUCAAUGUUUUUUCCAUCUA